GGCGGCGGCGUCUCACGUAGCUAAGAUGGCCGCCCCUCUUGAGCGGGCGGCGGCAGCGGCGGUAGUUGGAAUGGGUUUGGCGUUACGGAGGGAUCGCUGAAGAGGCUGAGACCUACCGGGAUCCCUUCCUUAGCGGUGUGCGUUGGGCUGCGGUUGGGGCAGACGCACCAUGCUGCGGAGCUAGAGCCGGAGGCUUCCACCGCGAGUAAUGAUGUUAGCUGAGACCAAUCUUUCCAUAUGGGGAUGGGGAAGCCUUGUUGUUCUGCUUUUUCUAAUUACAUUUGGACCAUUUGCUAUAUUUUACUUUGCAUUUUAUAUCCUCUGCUCUGUGGGUGGGGGCUUUGUGGUAACACUCUUGUUUGGAAAAACUAAUUCAGAGAAGUACCUCGAACAGUGUGAACACGCCUUUCUUCCUCCAACCUCAUUUGGCAUUAAUAAGUGCAUAGAAGAAAUGAAAGAGGAAAGCAAACCUAUUAAGAUUGAUAGGAGGUUAACUGGUGCCUAUAUAAUUGAUGAACCUCUGCAGCAAAUCAUUCAAUUUUCCUUGCGUGACUAUGUCCAGUAUUGGUAUUAUACACUAAGUGAUGAUGAAUCUUUUCUUCUUGAAAUCAGGCAGACUCUCCAAAAUGCACUAAUUCAGUUUUCUUCUAGGACAAAAGAAAUAGAUUGGCAGCCUUAUUUUACUACUCGAAUUGUAGAUGAUUUUACUACUCAUCUUAGAGUAUUCAGAAAAGCUCAGCAAAGAAUAUCUGAAAGAGAUGAUCAGAUUAAAGAUGGAGCAGAAGAUCUUGUAGAUACAUUUUUUGAAGUUGAAGUUGAAAUGGAAGAGACCAUCUGUCGUGAUCUAGUCUGCACAUCUCCCAAAGAUGAAGAAGGAUUCCUAAGGGAUCUGUGUGAAGUUUUACUGUAUUUAUUGCUACCUCCCGGGGACUUCCAGAACAAGAUCAUGAGAUAUUUUGUCAGGGAAAUCCUUUCUCAAGGAAUUCUUCUUCCAUUAAUAAAUCAGCUCAGUGAUCCUGAUUAUAUUAAUCAGCAUUUCAUAUGGAUGAUUCGUGAUUCAAUUUGCAAUUAUGAGGCCUUUAUGAACAUUGUUAAAGUAAGUGAUAAAAUAGGAGAGUUAGAAGCAGUAAGAGACAAAGCCACAGAAGAACUGCAGUAUCUUCGUUCCUUGGAUACAGCUGGAGAUGAUAUUAACCAUAUAAAAAAUCAGAUAAAUAGCUUACUCUUUGUUAAGAAAGUAUGUGAUUCAAGAAUACUGAGGCUACAGUCAGGAAAAGAAAUAGAUACUGUGAAACUGGCUGCAAAUUUUGGAAAACUUUGCACAGUCCCUCUGGACAACAUUCUAGUAAACAAUGUUGCACUACAGUUUUUUAUGGAUUACAUGCAGCAGAUGGGAGGUCAAGCACAUCUUUUUUUCUGGAUAACAGUAGAAGGAUACAGGGUUACAGCUCAGAAACAGCUGGAAGUAUUGCUGAACCAUCAGAAGGAUGGAAUGCAUCAAACAACACAAACCAAAGGUCUAUUAAGAACAGCUGCAGUUGGAAUAUAUGAACAGUAUUUAUCAGAAAAGGCUUCUCCAAGAAUUAAUAUCGAUGAUCCAUUAGUAGCGAAGCUGGAAGAAAAGUUGAAUAAUGAGGACCCAACACCUGAAAUUUUUGAUCAGAUUCAAAGAAAGGUAUAUGAAUUGAUGCUGCAAGAUGAAAGAUUCUAUCCUUCAUUCAAACAGCAUGCACUUUAUGUACGAAUGCUUGCUGAGCUAGAUAUGCUAAAGGAUCCUAGUUUCAGAGGAUCAGAUGACGGUGAAGGGGAAUCAUUUAAUGGAUCUCCUACAGGCAGCAUUAAUUUGUCACUGGAUGAUCUUUCAAAUGUGUCUGCUGAUGAGUUGAUACAGCUACAUGCAUGCAUUUCAGAUACUGUCUAUGCUGAUUAUGACCCAUAUACUAUGGCAGGAGUCUGUAAUGACCAUGGGAGGACAUAUGCAUUAUAUACUAUAACUGUUCAACGUCGAACUGCGACUGCUAAUGAUGAAUGGAAAACAUAUCGCCGCUACAGUGAUUUCCAUGACUUCCAUAUGAGAAUUACUGAACAGUUUGAAAACCUAGGAAAUUUAUUGAAGCUUCCUGGUAAAAAAACAUUCAAUAAUAUGGAUAGAGAUUUUUUAGAAAAAAGGAAGAAAGAUUUAAAUUCAUACUUACAGCUUUUGUUAACACCCGAAGUGAUGAAAGCUUAUCCGACUUUAGCACACUAUGUAUAUGAUUUCUUGGAAAAUAAGGCAUACAAUAAAGAGAAAGGAGAUUUUGCUCGGAAGGUGGACACAUUUGUAAAUCCACUGCGUAACUCUAUGAGAAAUGUUUCAAAUGCUGUCAAGUCCAUCCCUGACAGCUUCACAGAGGGGAUGACAAAAAUGUCAGACAACAUGGGCAAAAUAUCAGAAAGAUUGGGACAAGAUAUAAAGCAAUCAUUUUUCAAGGAGCCUCCUUUAAUGCAGAAGACAUAUGUUGAUCCUAAACACUGUCGGGUUUCAGCACACCUAGAUGAUAAUGUAGAAGACAAUGUACCUCUUAAAAUAAUGCUGCUACUCAUGGAUGAAAUAUUCGAUCUGAAGGAGAGAAAUCAGUGGCUACGACGGAAUAUUAAAAAUUUGCUUCAGCAGCUUAUUAGAGCAAUGCAUGGAUAUACAAUAAAUAAAAAAAUAGUUGAUCAUGUUGAUUGGAUGACGUCUCCUGAACAAGUAGCAGAUGCGGUUAAACGGUUUAGAGAUGCCUUUUGGCCAAAUGGCAUUUUAGCUGAAACUGUUCCACACAGAGAUAAUGCAAUCAGAAUGCGAACACGAAUUGCUGCAAAAACAAAACUGCUGGGAGUAAUGCCUGAUGAGUUGAAGCAUAUCCUUGGUGCUGAGACAACAAGAAAAGGCAUUCUCCGAGUCUUUGAAAUGUUCCAGCAUACUCAGCUAAAUAAGAGAAUGGUGUAUGUUUUUCUGGAGGGCUUUUUUGAAACCUUGUUUUCAGAGUAUGGAUUCCAUGAUCUCUUCAAAAAAUUGCAUUCACAUUCAAAGCAGAUGCAGGCAGUUGCUUUUUAAAGUGGUGGGCAACCAGAAUCUCCAUAGACCAUCAGACAAAGGAAGCCCAGUAGGAGACAAAUUAGAACUAUCCUUCGAUUUCUUACUUGAACUUGAAAUAAUUAUUGUAGAUUAUCCCAGAUCUAAAAUAUAAAUGGACAAAUCUCAGUCAGUAAAAUAGAAUGUAUCUCUUAUCCAUGAAUAUCAUCUGUAGGUUUUAGGAUUAUUCUCAGUAGUUGACUUUAGAAAUUUAUUUCUUAGCCAAUAAACCUUUGCAUUAAGGAAACAUAAUAUGCUUUUUAUGUUAAUAGUUACUAUACCAUAGUGUUUUGUCAUCUGUAUUUAAUUUCAAAAUGAGCCUACAGGGAAGUAGCAUGUUAUAUACAUCACCCUAAUAAAUUAUUAUAAUUAUCUCACAUGUGAUUCAUUGACAUUACAUGAACUAUAGCCCAUCAUUUUAUACCCUUUAAAGCAUCCACACAAUUUAUGUUACUGCUACACAUAAUUAGUCACAUACAUCCCAGCCUGAGAAUGCUAUGACUAGCCUCUGAAAAUAAAUGUGCCAUUGUCCAACAAAUGCAUUUAGCCUUAAUUUAAAAGAAUGGAUAGUAAGGUUGAAUAUUCAUAUAGUUCAUCCUCAAGCUUCUGCCUCUGGUGUUGCUACAAUUAAACAAUUUCAAUGCAACCAGAAAGUGUAAUCAUUUUAAAAAAUAAAAUAUGAACUCCACUCUCAAUUCUAACUUUAGUGCAAUAUUUUCAUGUAAUGCAUGUGUAUUUGAAUAAUUGUAAAAAACAUUUUUAAGGUUUUGAGAUCAAGGGUAAACUAUAUUAACAAUGUAUAAUAUUCAGUUAUUGCUGCUGUGUUGGCUUAUCUAAGGACUUGUUUUAAAAGUCUGGUUUGUCACUCCUUGAAAAUCUUUUCUAUGCUCAAAAAAGCAUAAUUCUUGCAAGGAGCAAAAUCUAAAGAGCACAUCAACAUGUAGAAGAUAUAUAAGUGACAUGUGCAUAAAAUUGUAUAGUAUGUGUCAACUGCGUGCCUAAUGGUUCUAUCAAUAUCCUUUUCUUUAAAGAAAAAAAAUGGGUAAAUGGAAUGCCAUAGUUUCUCUUGUUCUGAACAGCUGAAAAUUCUAAAUUUUUAUUUGGAGUUUCCAUUAUGUUUGUCCAAUGAAGGAGCUUGGAAAAAAGUACACUAAUAAAGCAUUAACAAGAAA